CUUUUUGAAAAUGGUCAUACUGUUAUGUAGCAGGAUGACAGGAUAGUUAUCAUGUUCAUCCCAGAUACCAAACAGUCAUUGAAACUAUGUUAAAUCAACAUUCCGUUGUCAACAUUAAGUCAUUGAAUCAACAUCAAACUCUGAUGUUGAUUUAACAUAGUUUCAAUGACUAUGACUAUGACUUGCUAUCUGGGGCCCAUGCCAUUCCAAUGAUUUAGCUUCUCAUUGAUGCCGUGCUUCAGACUGUGUUGCCCUAUGGGGAACAAAUAAAGGAGAUGAGUUGACUCUAUUGCGCUGUUUAAAGGAGCUUUUAUAAAGGUAGGUCCUAUAGCCUGCAGUGAAUCAAUCUGUUGACAUAAUGAAAAUGAUGUCCAAGAAAAGUACAAGGCCUGAGAUUGUUUCAUAGCUCACCUAUGUAAACAACGGUGCUGUUGUUAUAGAUCCAUGUCAGGACAGAAACAUUGGGGAGAAAACACACAUUCUCAUUUCGCUAAUCAACUAAAGUCUUCAAUGAAAGCACGUUAUCUUGGUCUACCAAAUGGUUUAGUGUUUCUGGCAUCAAAUGAGUCUCACAUAGGUGUUCAGUUGGGUCUUGAUCAGCACAGAGAGAAAGCAGGUUGAAAACAUGUCUUGUUCUAUAUCUGUAUAUCUGUAUAUCUGUAGCACAAUGUCUGUGUCACCGGCAGUGACAGAUGCCGCCCACAAAGAGCCUGCACUGUCUGAGUUUCUGCCUAUAAGGAAGUUUUCCCCCGCCACUGUACCAAAUGCUUGCUUGUGGGAAAUUGUUGGGUCUUUGUACAUUAUAGUGUGUUCUAGACCUAGCUACUCAAUCUGUAAAGUGUCUACAGUUAAUUAUUGUUAUGAUUUGAUACUAUAAAUAAAAUUGAAUCGAAAAAUUUAAUUUAAUAUAAUUUCAUUUUUCGUUGUUCCUUGUCAUGGUGAUAUUUAUGUUAUCGGCAUCAGUCACACAACAAGUAGUGAAACAGGAACCGCCCAACAUGCGGUCGGCAGACCGGAGCACGCGAGCCAUGCUGAUGCACACUGGACUUAUCUUUGGAGCUGCAAAGACACACGAGAGAAACUAUCUCCUUUUAACGAUGGCAGCUCAAUACAACCACCUCUCAACAGUUGAUGCUAAAAGUCUGUGCUUCUAAAAUGAAGUAUAACUCCACGAUUUUCGAGGAUGAGAAAGCUCAGAGCGAAAAUCUUCUUGCUGGCGGGAGCUCUUGGUCUGUUGGCCCUCCAUCUUUUUAAAGAUUUUUUUGACUACAAAACCGUCCGACUCCACGUAGAUGUGAUAGAGAAUGACAUUCAAGUAAGGCGACCCACCACAAAAAAGUCAUAUGUAUACUCCUGGUCAAAAUGUCAACAAAAUGUGAGUGCUGCCAACAUCACAGGCUUCAGCUCUCUUCCUGGUGACAUAAAAGACUUUCUCUAUUAUCGACACUGUCGCCAUUUCCCCAUGCUGCUGGACCUUCCUGACAAAUGUGGAGGAGCUGAUAAAUCUGCAGAAGUCUUUCUUUUCCUGGUCAUUAAAAGUUCCCCUGUGAACUACGACCGCCGAGAGGUGCUGCGUAAAACCUGGGCUAAAGAGAGGUUACACAAUGGUGUGUGGAUCCGAAGGAUCUUCAUCUCAGGAACAAUUGAUACUGGUUUUGAGAAGGAGAGACUGAACAAACUACUCGAGCUGGAGAAACGUGAGUACAAUGACAUUCUCCAGUGGGACUUUAAUGAAGGAUUCUACAACCUCACCUUAAAGCAGAUACUUUUCCUGGAAUGGAUGGAAAGGAGCUGUCCGAACGCUCGCUUCCUGCUAAAUGGUGAUGAUGAUGUCUUUGCCAACACAAACAACAUGGUUGAGUAUCUUCAGAGCCUCAAGGAAAAUGAUGGAAGCAAGCACCUCUUUACUGGACAUCUGAUCCAGAAUGUAGGACCCAUUAGAAUAUCACAGAGCAAAUAUUUUAUCCCAGUUCAGGUGCAGGAGUCAGACUCAUAUCCUCCCUACUGUGGUGGUGGAGGCUUCCUACUGUCUGGCUAUACAGCUUUGGUCAUAUACAAUAUGUCCCAGUCCAUUCCCAUUCUUCCCAUUGAUGAUGUAUACAUGGGGAUGUGUCUGGCCAAAGCAGGACUUGUUCCUGAUUCUCAUAUGGGUGUGAAGACGGCAGGACUGCAGAUUCCCUCCAGCACACUAGAUGGAUACGAUCCUUGCUAUUAUAAAGAAGUUCUACUGGUACACAGAUUCCUUCCAGCUCACAUGUAUCUCAUGUGGCAGAGAAUACAUGAUUCUAAUCUGAAAUGUGGGCCCUCCAAGUCAAGGCUUUAGCAUCACAAAACUGUAACUUACAUGUAGUGAGAGAGUUUGUUGGCAAUUUGUUUCCUGCACCUGCUCUUAGGUUGUGAGUGCAGGUUUGACUCGCUUCAUUUCAUCAUGAGAAAAUCUUUGGACUGUUUUUCUACCACUGUUCGGCUGCAGGCUUCAGCACAGUUCAAUGGAACUUAUUAUUUUAUUCUUUGUCAUCAAUGUGGGCGAGCAGCAGUCAGCCUGACUCAAAGGGGCACAGCAGUAGUUAGUGUAGGUGUAUUGCCCACAUACUGUGUGGGUGAGCAACUUUUACUGGAAUUAAAAAUAGGGUUGCUUGGUAUCAGGCUUCAAUGUUGUGGGUUUUGUUUUUCUUUUCUUUGUUGGUACCAAAUACUUCUACCUUCUUAUUGUUUGAUCAGAUACUUACUGUUUAAAUUAUACUUUUAUAAAGUAGCUAUACUGUAUUUAUGUAAACUUCUUGUACAUCAUUAUCGAACCAAUACCCAGCUGGUGUAAGUGAUGCAGGGGGAUAAGGUAUGCUGUGGUGUCCACAGUCUUACACAAAUAUAAUAAAACUCAGGUUUUCUUAAGACUAGUAUGCAGUUUUCUGUAAUGAAAUAAAAAAAUAUUAAGUAUGCACCUGUAUAUUUGUGCUCAGAAAGAUACUAAUGUAGCCUAUGUUUUUGUGCCUUAAAUCAGUGCUUCUCUAACAUAUAUCACUGGAAUUUUGGAUGUACUGUCAAAUCCCCUUUAUAUUUAUAAGUCAGUAAGAACCAUUACAAGGGGUCUCAAAUUUUCAUGUAAGAUUACUGUGUGCUUUCAGGACUUUGUAUAUUGAAAUAAAUUGAUUACCAUGUAUUUUACCAUUAGUUAAUUGAAUGUACUGAAAUUCAUUUUCCUGCUGCUAAGAAGAGGUAAUAUAUUGUGUGAUUUUAAAAUGAAUGGCUUUGAGGUUACUGUAUAUUGUGUACUGCAUAUAACAAAUAUGUAU